AUGCAUCUCUUUGCGGAUGACCUCGCCAUUAUCAUCUAUGGGGCCUUAGAAAAAAGGUUCUCGGAUAAUAUCCAAUUAGAAAUGCAAGCCAAAAUUGCAUUAGAAAUAUUAGAGAAAUUUGCCGACGAUAUGAUCUUACCAGUAACUAUUUCAAAAACGAAAGCUAUGCUCGUUCAUAAUGUGGUAGCACCUCAGCUAACAGUAGUUGAAUAUAAAGGAAUUGUUAUAGAAUUUGUGUUAAUAUUUAAAUAUUUGGGAGUAGAAAUUCGAGCUAAAUUGGGAUGGGGAAUCUAUAUUCAAAGCAGAGUUGCAAUAAUUAGAAAUGUGUAUGCCGCAUUACGUAUAUUAUUUUACUCAAUUCCAAGAAAAGAAGAGAAAAUAAAAAGAAAACUGUUCUUAGCGUUUGCUCCUACACUUCAUUUGGCUCUUCGUUACUUGGUUUUUCUUUACAGUGAAACAACAGGAUCUAAUUGA